ACAACGCGUGGUGCAGUCAGUUUGGCUGUGCGGACAGGAGCAGAAACUUCGGCGCCCAUCUUCCACUUCAGCUCCAGCGUUAGCGAUGGCCGUGAAGCGGGGCGUGUGGCUGCUUUACGCAGCAGCAAACAUCAGAGACGUGUAUGUCCGGACGAGCCGAGCCUGAGUGCGAGCGCGAGCGUGAUGGAGAGUCCGAGCGAGAACCCGAGCAAAGCUGCGGAGUAUCUGACCGAGCUGAACAGGAUCAUAGAGACGCAGCAAGAGCUGCUCGCCAAGCAGAGGCUCCGGAUAGAGGAGCUCGAGCAGCAAGUGGCAGAUCUGCACAGUGAGAACGCCGGUCUGAGAGACGAGUACCAGCGGCAUCUGCUCACCUGCAGGCUGCAGCACAACAGCAGCAGCGGCGGCGGCAGCGGCAACGCGCUGGGGUGCAUCCAGGAGAACGCCGCGCACGAAAAGCUGGAACGUGCUGUAAAAGCGGCAGCUGCAGUGGCUGUAAUUAAGAAGAUGAAGGUUAGCACUCACCCAGAGGAAGUCCAAUUAGGCUGGCCCAAGAUCCCUCCAUCUGAUUAUGGCAGCUCCAAAAUUGUCAGGAGACAUGCUUCUCUUCCUCUGGAAGCCUCAGAGAACUCGGGCAACCUUAUAUCGCCCCUGUGCAGGAGAACUUUCCCCUGCCGCCAGUGGAAGUCGGCCUCUUUCGGGUACUGUAAUACUUUGCACCAGUAUUGCUGCCCUGCUCCGUUGUACAAUAAGCAGCUAGCUGUGCCUGCCCCUCUCAAAGAGUGCAGGGAAGAUAACAGUCUUCACCAGUUCUGUUGCCCACCCUCUGGAAGCAGCAGCCCUUCAAGAUAGCGUCCUGCAGGACACAGAGGACAGCAGAGCGUCCAGCCCAGCCUAGGACUCCUCUACCCUUUCCCCUUCUCCAAAUCCUCUCGUCUCUUAUGGAGCUCCUCAUCUCUCCUCUGCAUGUGUAGUCUAUAUAUGGAGCUCAACCAUCUUAGAAUUGAUCUAUUCAGGCUCCGCCCACAAACGUCUUCUUUCAUAGUAGCUGUCUUGAGGUUGGACAGCCUUUAUAGAGUGCUGACAAAAAUCAUCCUGAAGGCUUUAGGUUGAUGUUUAGAGCCAUUGCAUAAAGUUAAGCUUCCAGUCUAAAAUACUACAAGACCAAGACAGACUG